CGCCCAACCAGUCUCGUGCCCCUGGGCGCGCCCUGGAGAGUCCCGCGUGGGCGUCACGUGACGUGAGGGCAGCCCCAGCGCGCGGACUCGACGUCUUGGGCGAGUAAACCCGAAAAAGGGGGAUCUCCCCCUCCCCUCCUUUUUCUCGCUGUCUUAUAUAGGCAGAGACUCCCUCUCGGUGCCUUCACUGAGGCAACAAGGAGGCGGGAAGGAAGCACCUGCUUCUUUUUCAUCAUCAUCAUUAUAUUACUUUAAUUCCAAACCUAGAAUCGGAUUAUUCGCUGCGACUGGCCUGUCAGGGGCAGAGAGAGAGAGAAAGGCGGAGGACCCUAGAAGUCUGCGCUGUCCAGAAAACGGGGCUGACUUCUGGGAAGGCCACUUCGAGGAAAAAGAUUCCAAAGAGAGAGAGAGAGAGAGAGAGACCCACCGCGCAGCCACGAUGUUUCCGAGGCUCUUCCACCAGUGGAGUUUUGUAGUCUUUCUGCUCAGUUACUGCGUCCCCUCCUCGGGGAAAUCGCUGGAAGGGAACGGGCGCAGGCUCAGCAAAAGGACUGUAUCAGAAUAUCAGCUGUUACAUGACAAAGGAAAGUCUUACCAAGAUAUGCGAAGACGAAAUUUCCUGCAAAAUCUAAUUGAGGGUGUAAACACAGCCGAGAUUCGGGCUAUGCCAGAGGUAUCACCAAAUCCUAAACCUGCCACCAUUGCAAAGAACUAUGCUAUUCGAUUUGGCAGUGAUGAUGAAGGCAAAUACCUGACUCAGGAGACCAAUAAAACUCAGAUGUACAAAGAACAACCCCUUAAGCCACCAGGGAAGAAAAAGAAAGGAAAACCUGGGAAACGUAAGGAACAAGAGAAGAAAAAGAGAAGGGUUCGUUCAGCCUGGCUAAACUCCAGAUAUUUUGGGAGUGGAAUGGCACAAAUCCCACUUCUGGACAUCUUUGCUACGACACAUAUCAAUAAAAGGAGGCGUUGACAUCUUCAGCUGAGAUAUUUGGAAAACACAUUGCAGUAUUCUGUAAUAGUGAACAUAUGCAAAGUGUUAGACGUAUUUAUUAUCUGUAAAUAUUGUAUCAAAAUAAAACCUUGGCCACAGAUGCUUUCCAAAACUGCACAUCUGAACAUUGUGAAUAUGGAGGAUUUUUUGUGCUAUCUUCUUGUUACAGUUACCAUAAUUUAUUUUGUUGAAUAAUGUAUUUAUUUCUAUGAACUUUUAUCUUGGUGCUGCUGACUUCUAUAUUUUUGUAACAUAAUGCACUUUAGAUAUACAUGUCUUAAUAAGACAUAAAUAAACUAUUCCUAUUUUUAAAUCUGUUUUAAUGAGUUGCCCCAGUACAAUGGUUUCAACAAUAUUUUCAUACAUGCAUGUAUAAAAAGCCAGUACUUUUACAAUUUGUAAAGAAGUCCAAUAAAAUGUAAUCUAAUUAAAAUUA